GCCCAUUGUCCUAGAGCCGGGUGAGGUUCCUCUGUGGAAAGCAAAAUUGGCAUUUUUUUUUAAACUAGCGAAAGCAAAAUUUGGAUUUGUAUUUUUUAGAAGUGAACACUCAUACUACAUCAUCGUAGCGGCCCAUAAUUAGGAUCUUGAAUAAGUAUUUCUGAAUAGUAUAAUGAGGAAGUGCAUCGUGCUCGUGCCUCAUUGCUAGGAUGAACUACUUCAAAAAUUUUUGUUUGUUUAAAAGAACAUCAAGAAGAACAUUUUUAGGUUUAUAGAGGGACUACUGUACUUGCAUGAUGACCCUUGCAACAAAAAAUCAGGUCUUAGACGCCUUGGACCAACAGCGCAGCUGGUGGGAAUCGUUUUACAUGCUAGCAAGUGGGACAGGGGCUCGCACACUGAACGGACAUGAACUGCAAAUAAGGGCCGGCCAAGGGAUCAAUGUUCGCCAAUUGCAAGCAUUGUUAUGUUGAGGACUAGAGUUUAGCAAUUGAUGCACAAGUAUCUCAGGAGUCGUGGUCUACGACUACGUCUACCUCUACUCUAGAAUGAGAACGAUUUGAAUCUACUUCGUCUGAGGCUGCUGUCUUUGCCUGACUUAAAAGAUCUUUGUCUCACUUCUUCGUUCCUCACCCGCUGUUUCUACUAAGUGUAAGUAACUGCUCGACGUGUACCUCUCAUGCUCAUCUACUUCUAACACUCCGUAUCGAGAAAGCUAUGGUGAAACGAAUGAAUGUGCAGGACCUCGCUGUCCUGGGUCUUUUGUGCGUCAUUUACUUCGUCACGUUGGCUUUCGGCUUUUCUAUCGUCUACCGAAUGAGCAAGAACAACUUAGCGGUGAAAUACUACGCAGAUCCCAGGUGUUGAGAUAUUUCAUGACUACUAGUCAAAUAUUUUUCUCAUGAUCUCGAUCUGACCUUGGAAGGAUAAAUAUGUUGCAGCAGCAGAGGCUACCACUGGAAAUCGUUCUAGAAGUCCUCGUGCUAAGAAAUCAGUUGCAGCUGCUCCAGCAGAGCCGUCUGCUGUGGUUGCGGUCAGCACUGCUCCUGAUGCAUCAGCUGUGAUCUCCACUACGAAUGCUGUAGCUCAAACUACAACAGCCGCUAGUGGUGUGCUCGGUUCUAGUGAGACGGCGAAACUAGUACUACAAGACCAGACGACGGAGCAGAUGAAAAAACGGCUUGAGCAGCUCGAUUUUGAAAGUGAGGGCUUAGCAUCUACUUCAGCGCAACAGCAAGCCUCGAAAUCUUCAGGCGUCGCAAGUUCUUCGAGCACAACAGCAAAGAAGGAGGAGCAAGAAAUAUUGGCCAAGCUCCAGAUCCAGAAGAAUAAGCAGCGAGUGCAUUCGGAUUACACGCUGGUGCCAAGCCAGUUGGAGAAGAGUUUAGAUGCUCUUCUUGCAGGAGGUGGAUCGGGAUCUAAGAAAGAUUCACUUGAAACAGCACGGGGACAACUAGGAGGCGUUGUGCGUCCUACGAUCAUUUCAGCGGGAAACAAGUGGCGCAAGACCGCUCCGAAGAGCUUUUUCCUGAAUCUGACGCCUCAGACGGACACUUUAGAAGAAGGCACCAAAGGAAUGGAGGACGAAAAAGCGCGCGCGUUCGAUUUAUUAGACGCUUUGACGAAGAGCGGCGCGCUUCCCAUUACCAACUGCGAACUGCAUGCCAUUGUCGCUGCAACGCACUGCUUCGACAAAAGUCUCGUUGAUACGCUCCUGAUCCAGGACAACACUAACCCGAUAGAAAAAGUGGAGGCUUCAGUGCUGGCGAUGGCAGAAGUACUGCAUAACACGAAGGCUGCGGAUUUGAAAGCCAGCGUGUGGGCCUUCUAAGUUGUUGCGCUGCAGGUGCUCUGUGUCAUAUCAGACGGCUCUAAAGAAGGCUAAUUUGCUUCCCUUCUGGAGGAGACGGACAUAUUGCAACAAAAUGGAAGGAUUUGUGGAAGACAUGUUGGAGAAGUGAAGUGAGGAUAUGUUCGAGAAAGAAGUAUACGUAUAGUUGACUACAACCCUCCUACAUGUCUACCAGGAUCUUUGUGGAGUUUUCGGUGGAGAGCGAAUAGCUAUGCGAGAUAACGAAUCUUGAAGAAAGAUCGUGGCUCUAUAUCCUUUUCUAAAUCUUCUAAAAACAUUCUCAGGCGAAGAGCCGUUUUGUCAAGCACUGUCAUUCGCUUCCCACAGCUUGCGCAUCAAUCACGUAUGAAGAUGAAUACAAAAACGGUCCGUGCCCACUAGGACAUGAAAAGCCUACACCUAGCUAGACCAUGUGUGGAUGGUGCCUGCGUGGUCGUAUCCG